AUGUGGGCGGCGGGGCGGUGGGCGGCUGCUCGGCCCCCCUCGGACGCCUGGCUCCCGGCUGACGGCAGCGCUCGGUCGCGGCCUUCCUCGGGCUCCGUGUCCGCGCUCCCGGCGGACGCCCCGCGGGCAGGGGCGGGAGGCGUUGUGCUCGCCGUCCCCGCCGCCGGGCUACAGCAACUCCACCUGGUCGCUGCUGUCUCCGCUCGGCCACCGGAGCUUCGUGUUUGA